CCUCUGUCAUUUUCUCACACACUGUCUCUCUCUCUAGGAUUCGUUUCUCUGCAAUCAAAGCAAAGCGCUCUCUCUCAUUCACUUUCUCCUAAAACUUUCUUCUCUCUUCCAAGCAUCUUAAAUCGAAUAGACAAUGUAACUGUCUCUUCUGCCGAUAAUGCAUCAGUUUUAAAAGGCGUGUACAAAAGCUUGAGUCACAUUAUAAGUGGCCUUUGAUAACAAUACUCGGAAAAAAUAAAACAUGAAAGGAGAGUCGUUUGGUUUGAUAGUUGGGAUCUCACUUGGUUUAGUGAUUGGUGUGGUCUUAGCUCUUUCAGCACUGUGCUGCUUUAUGUACCACAGAAAGAGAUCUCAGAUUGCCAACAGUGCUUCCAGAAGAACCGCAACGCUUCCCAUCAGAGAGAAUGGUGCUGAUGCUUGUACCGUUAUGUCUGAUUCCACUCUUGGUCCUGACUCACCUGUCAAGUCCUCCACCAAUGGGAGGAAUCUUUGGCUUGAUGGGUUUAGUAAGAAGAGCAAUGUGAUCUCUGCUUCUGGCAUUUUGGAAUAUCCUUACAGGGAUUUGCAGAAAGCAACGUCUAAUUUCACGACUUUGAUAGGCCAAGGAGCUUUUGGUCCUGUCUACAAAGCUCAAAUGUCCACCGGUGAGACUGUUGCUGUCAAAGUUCUCGCCACUGAUUCUAAACAGGGCGAAAAAGAAUUUCAGACGGAGGUUAUGUUAUUGGGAAGGUUGCAUCACCGUAACUUGGUAAACUUGGUCGGCUAUUGUGCAGAGAAAGGCCAACACAUGCUUAUAUAUGUCUACAUGAGUAAAGGAAGCUUAGCCUCUCACUUGUACAGCGAAAAACAUGAACCGCUGAGUUGGGAUUUGAGAGUAUAUAUUGCUUUAGACGUGGCACGUGGUCUGGAGUAUCUUCAUGAUGGGGCUGUUCCUCCUGUAAUCCACAGAGAUAUCAAAUCUUCCAACAUUUUGUUAGAUCAAUCCAUGCGAGCUCGAGUAACUAUUUCUUUUGUCCCACUUGAGAUUUCGUCACCUUUCUCAUUGUUGAAUCUCUGUUCUUUUAAACUUCAGGUUGCUGACUUUGGCCUGUCUAGAGAAGAAAUGGUAAACAAACAUGCUGCUAACGUCAGAGGAACGUUUGGUUAUCUCGAUCCAGAGUAUAUCUCAACAAGAACGUUCACCAAGAAAAGCGAUGUUUAUGGUUUUGGGGUCCUACUUUUCGAGCUUAUAGCUGCAAGAAAUCCCCAACAAGGUCUAAUGGAAUAUGUAGAGCUGGCGGCGAUGAAUGCAGAGGAGAAAGUUGGAUGGGAGGAGAUUGUGGAUUCGAGAUUAGAUGGGAGAUUUGAUUUGCUAGAAGUGAAUGAAGUUGCUGCUUUUGCGUAUAAAUGUAUCUCUCGUGCACCGAGGAAACGUCCCAACAUGAGGGAUGUUGUUCAGGUUUUGGCACGUGUUGUCAAGGUGAGACAUUCCAGAAAGCGUCAGAAGAUGUCUACCUCGCCUUCUCCACGUCUUCCUGCGGUUGAGUCCAGUGGUGAGCAAACCGGAAAUAGAUCUGUUCGGUCGGAGCAUCAUAGGAGAGAUAAUUCCAUGGAGAGUAUAGUUGAAGAUUAGUGAUGUAAUUGUUGAAACAUAAAAAAGUGCUGGAGUUUAUAAGUAAAGCAUAUUUUUUUUCUUGGACAAAAAGUAAGCAUAUUUUUAAUUGGAUUUUAUUUAGUUUUAGAAUGAUUUGUAGAUUUUGUUAGGAGGAAUACACUGAUGUUGAUGUUUACUAAAUUUGGUUUAUCAGGGUUAUCCAUGUCUUUCUCUUGUGAAUGUAAAAGUCUUUUAAUACUUCUACUAAUUUUUUG